UCCGCGCAUGCGCACCGGAUGUAAACAAAGCAGCAUGGCAGCGUGAAGUGAAGUGUUACACAAACAGCUGAGACUUUAUUGAUUAUUGAUCAUUUCUGAAGAUCGAACCUGUCAAAUCUGUGAUGACGGAAAAAUAAUAUGGAGGCUGUGAAGAAACGUCUGGCUGAGUUUUCACUGGAGGCUCACGAUCUGUAUCUGAACCAAUCAGUGCCUUAUCUGGAGGAGCCACCUGACCCGCUGCAGUUCUACCGCGACUGGAUUGGUCCAAACAAACCUUGUAUCAUCCGCAACGCCUUCAACCAUUGGCCGGCUCUGACCAGGUGGACGCCGGCGUACCUGAGGGAGAAGGUGGGGUCAAAGGUCAUCAGCGUGGCGGUGACUCCUAACGGCUACGCUGACGCCGUGAACGGAGAUCGCUUCGUGAUGCCGGAGGAGCGGCAGAUGAGUUUCUCCUCGGUGCUCGACGUCAUAGAAGGAAAGUCCCGUCAGGUGGAGAAGCGCGGCGUGUUCUACGUGCAGAAGCAGUGCUCCAACCUGCUGGAUGAGCUGCCGGAGCUGACGGACGAUGUGGAGCCGCAUGUUCCCUGGAUGAGCGCGGCGCUCGGAAAGUUACCAGAUGCAGUGAACUUUUGGCUCGGAGAGGCGAGAGCCGUCACAUCCAUGCACAAAGAUCACUAUGAGAAUCUUUACUGUGUGAUUUCUGGAGAGAAAAACUUCAUCCUGCUGCCGCCCACAGACCGACCUUUCAUCCCCUACGGUGUGUAUCAGCCGGCUGUUUACCGUCAGCAGGACGACGGUGAGUUCGAGGUCGUGGAUCAGAGCGACUCUGAGAAGGUCCCCUGGAUCCCUCUGGACCCUCUGGACCCGGACCUGCAGCGGUACCCGUCGUACCGGCGAGCUCGACCGGUCCGCUGCAGCGUGAAGGCCGGAGAGAUGCUGUUCCUGCCAUCACUCUGGUUCCACCACGUGCAGCAGUCGCACGGCUGCAUUGCAGUGAAUUUCUGGUACGACAUGGAGUACGACAUCAAGUACAACUACUUCCAGCUGCUGGAGACGCUGUCUGAGGUCACCGGGGCGACGUGACAUCACAGCAGCUGCAUGAUGUCAUAGUGACAGUGUGACAGGUUUAGUGUUUGUGUGUGAUGUUGAUGUGAUGUUUGACAGCAACUGACCAAUAAAGUUUGGUUUAAAACUC